UGACGUGAUCACUACGCGACUACUCACUGGCUACGGCGUGUGUCGCUCUCUGUUCGAGCAAAGGCUAAAAAUAAAAGAUUUACUCUAUAUUAUAUAAAUAAUACAUUUGUGGAAAUAUGGAUGACGAAGAGGAGACCUACAGACUGUGGAAGAUUCGUAAAACUAUCAUGCAGCUCUGUCACGACAGAGGGUACCUGGUGACACAAGACGAGUUGGACCAAACCUUGGAUGAAUUCAAGAGUCAGUUUGGAGACAAGCCCAGCGAGGGUCGCCCGAGGAGGACAGAUCUCACGGUGCUGGUGGCGCACAACGACGACCCCACAGACCAAAUGUUUGUGUUCUUUCCUGAGGAACCUAAAGUUGGAAUCAAAACCAUAAAGAUGUAUUGCCAGAGGAUGCAGGAAGAAAACAUCACACGCGCCAUUAUAGUCGUUCAGAUGGGUAUGACACCAUCAGCAAAGCAGUCUUUAGUGGACAUGGCCCCUAAAUAUAUACUUGAGCAGUUUUUACAACAAGAACUGCUUAUUAACAUCACAGAGCAUGAGCUUGUUCCAGAACACAUUGUAAUGACAAAAGAGGAAGUGACUGAACUCCUAGCGAGAUAUAAAUUAAAGGAAAGUCAGUUACCUAGGAUUCAGGCUGGGGACCCUGUUGCACGUUACUUUGGUUUAAAAAGAGGACAGGUAGUAAAGAUUAUCCGACCCAGUGAGACGGCUGGAAGGUACAUCACAUAUAGAUUGGUACAGUGAAGGAGGAGGAUCAGAGGACGUCAAAGUGAUGUGUCUGAAACAGUAAUUUUGUCUUGUUUAUAAACUUUUUUUUUUAAGAAUUUUAUAAAUAAAAACUAGUAAUAAACACUUCA